GCUCUAGACGAGAUUCAGAUGCAGCCUUUUGCUCCUUUUUCCUUCCCACAAUGCCUUCCUACCAUUGUGUAAAAUCGCCCAUGCAGUAUUUCAAUAGUUAUAGCAGAACUUAUAAGUUUGCCUUCAUUUAUUAUUUCUCAGGACAACCAAACCAUAGUGGACAAACAGAAAAUAGGCCUACAAUGUAUGAGUACGGUGUCCUUGCUCUACUCCUCCUUGGCGGGCUGUUGGUUCUUAAUUUGCUUGUCAAGACGAGGAUGCACCUCCUUUUCCCGGCGAUCCAAGACCGGUGUUCAAUCAUGUACAAUGUGGCAGCGGGAGGUUUCAAGCGGGAGCUCUUCAAAGACAUGGAAACCCUGAGAGACCAACCGCUCACCGAGAGGGCUGGGGAUGCGGCCUCGGGCGACGAGGCACCGCGCUCGCUCACCGUCCUCGAAAUCGGCGUGGGCACUGGGGCAAACUUCGAGUUCUAUCCCGAUGGCACCGCGGUGAUCGGCGUCGAACCGAACAAGAACUUCGUCGGGUAUUUGGAGCGGAAUGCAGCUAAGCACUUCCCCCGCGUGCGCCUGGAGCGUACGGUGGUGGCCUUUGGAGAGGACCUGCGGGGCCACGUGGAUGACUGCAGUGUGGACGCCGUGGUCAUAACUGUGGUACUCUGCAGUGUCAAAUGCGUGGAUGCUGUGCUGAGUGAGGCCAGACGUGUUUUGAAACAAGGUGGCAAAUUGUUCUUUCUCGAGCACGUUGCUGCGGAGCCAGGGACAUGGAUCAACCAGUUGCAGUGGGUCCUCAAUCCAAUCUGGCCCUACAUCUUUGAUGGGUGUCAGUUGAUAAGGACCCCAUGGGUCAACGUUGAGCGAGCUGGCUUCUCCAAGGUCGACUACCAAAAGCUGUGGAUCCCUGUUCCAUUCUUUGUACCAGCACGACCGCACUUGAUGGGCGUGGCCACUAAGUAGCCAGAUUUAUUGCUAUCAAUGCUAUUUGAUGUGGCCAGCUGAGGUUGCACGUUUUCUAUUUUAAUUUAUGGCCAUGGCCACAUGACCAUGGCCGCAUGGCAUGCCAUAGGCACACAUGAUAUUUCCAGCCUCACCUUGGCCCAAGCUUCCAUGUACGAAAAGAACGAAAUAAUAUUUUGUUUUGAAUCCGUCACAAGCAUACGUGCUUGACUUCAACAGUUUUCAUGUACAUUUACAUGAAUGAAAAAACUGGUAUCGUGCAUUUAAAGAAUUCUGAAAUUACUUGUUUGACUAGUUACAAAAUCUCUGCCGCCACAUGUAACUGUCUUUUAGAAACCUUAUAAGCUUCCUAACCUUUAGUUAACCUUUUGUUAACAAUUAGCAAGCCUAUUCUUCAGAACUGAAUGUACUUGGCCACAGCUUCAAUAAGCACAAUUUCCAUUUAGAUUUCAACAGAGCUCAGUUUUAUCAAGUUCCCUUCAAAGAUACUUCUUCUCUUUGUCUCCAUGGGCAUGACAAGUUGGAGGUUGCAGCUAAAAAUUACUCUUUUUGGCCACACAGGAAUAGUUUCUCAUUUCUUUUAGCCUGUUGUAAUCAUAUAGUGCAGGAAUAAACCCGCUUGUCCUUCCCCCACACACAACUCUAAGUUACGCUGAAAUAUGUCAUCAUACGGUAACCAGAGUCAAGGGCUUCUGCCGAGUUUUUUUAAUUGUCUGGACAAAAAGUAAGACACCAAGCAAAACAGGACAAACGCAUGUAGCAUUCCAUACCUUGUCCGGUAUGCUAGAAUGCACCUUAAAGUACUCUGCAAAACUGUGUACUGCAGAGCAAACCCUUUUCUGAACAAUUUAUCUGUUUUUACCAUAAUUAAACAUUUUAAGAGUAUGUCGAUAGAUAAUGUUUCGGGGCCAAACAUCAGUGUUUAGGAAUUGGACAUGUAAUGUUUAACUUCCAAGCAUAUGUUCACAAAAUGCAGUGUAUAUAGGGGACCCAAAUUAAAACAAAACUCAAAUGUCUAAUUA